GGUGGAGAAUGCAAUGACGACAUUCGCCUGCGACUUGUUGGGUUACGUUGACGGUGGAGUGCGCAUGUGUAUGGUUUGGCCUGAACAGUGAGGUCUGUUUUCGCGACUUCAACUUUUGUUUUUCCAUAAUUUUGAGCGUUUGGAAGUUUGUUUCGAACAGACACGCUAUGGCUCAGUAUAAGGGAGCAGCCAGCGAAGCUGGAAGAGCGAUGCAACUGAUGAAAAAGCGAGAAAAAGAGCGAGAACAGCUGGAGCAACUCAAACAAAAAAUUGCCGAGGACAAUAUGGUGAAGUCCAACAUCGAUAAGAAGUUUUCUGCCCAUUAUGAUGCUGUGGAAGCGGAACUGAAGUCCAGCACUGUGGGUCUGGUUACCCUCAAUGACAUGAAAGCCAAGCAGGAGGCCCUGGUGAAGGAGAGGGAGAAGCAGCUGGCCAAGAAAGAACAGUCAAAAGAACUCCAGCUGAAGCUGGAGAAGCAGAAAGAAAGGAAGAGGAAGGAGGAGGGAAAGAGAAAGAUUGCCAGCCUUUCUUUUAACCCUGAAGACGAAGAUGAAGAUGAUGAUGAGGAGGAGGAGGUGGAGGAUGAUGAUGACAGGCUGGAUGAUGAAGAGGAGGACUAUAUCCCAAUGAAGAAGAAGAAACUGGGGAAGAAUCCCGAUGUGGACACCAGCUUCCUGCCUGACAGGGACCGAGAGGAAGAGGAGAACCGUCUGAGAGAGGAGCUCAGGCAGGAAUGGGAGCGCAAACAGGAGAAGAUAAAAAGUGAGGAGAUUGAGAUCACCUUCAGUUACUGGGACGGCUCCGGUCAUCGCAGGACUGUCAAGAUGAAGAAAGGGAACACCAUGCAGCAGUUCCUGCAGAAAGCUCUGGAAGUCCUCAGGAAAGACUUCAGUGAACUGAGGUCAGCUGGAGUGGAGCAGCUGAUGUACAUCAAAGAAGAUCUCAUCAUUCCACACCAUCACAGCUUCUAUGACUUCAUUGUGACAAAAGCCAGAGGCAAAAGUGGACCGUUGUUUAACUUUGAUGUGCAUGAGGAUGUGCGGUUGCUAAGUGAUGCCACAGUGGAAAAGGAUGAGUCUCAUGCAGGCAAAGUGGUGCUGAGGAGCUGGUAUGAGAAGAACAAGCACAUCUUCCCCGCCAGCCGCUGGGAGCCGUAUGACCCAGAGAAGAAAUGGGACAAAUACACAAUCCGGUGAAGAAAGAAAACAACUUUGUCAUUUACCCUUGACAUUUAUAUUAGCCUUGAACAUCUUUGUCCUUUUAAAACGUUCCUGUUACUGUUGUCUUGAUGUAGUUUGAUUCUUGUAAACAUAAAACUCAACGUUCACAAGUCCUUUUAGACAGGAAAGUACAUGUAUCCCUUGUCCUUUUUUUUUUUUCUUGAAUUUUGUCUGUGCCAGUUGAACAUGGGCGUGGACCAUGCUGUUGUGACAUAAAUAAAUCAUCACAUCGUUUACAUUG